GUGUUGGGGGAGGGGCGAUGAACUUAAGAUCAUGUCCCUCACUCUCUGCAAGUGUUAAAAUGUAAGGUAGUUUAGAGUUUGUGCUAUUAAGAGGCGGGAUAUUGUCUCGUUGAUAAAAGUGCGUGGUCAUUCUGCUUUAGACGGAGUACGAAUCUGAGUAGCAUAAUGUACGAGUUUGAAAGUGAGUACGUGAACGCCUCGCGAUUCCCUCUCUGGCCCGGGUGGCUACUAGCCGGGCUAUUGUCGCGCUGGUACAAUUCGCCAAACCUCGGACGUUUCGCCGGCUUUUCUCGUUUUUUGACGCAAACCAGUCGACGCCAAGUGACCUUCUUCGCUUCCCUUUUUCAAGGACUACCGCGGGGGUCCUCGCAGACGACUUGGCCCCGGGGGAGUUAGUCGUCAGCAUGGGACGUCCAACUAAGAUUUGAUUGUGCGUGCGUGUUUGUCCCCUCCAAUUUGGGACGUGAACGGAAUAAAGCGGACGAAAACAAGACGCAUGUAGCCGGAUUACGACGCUGCUGAGGUCGCUUGGAAAGAGGCUCGACGAUGGGUUGCGUCCGGAGCAAAGAGGACAAAGGCCCGGCGCCCAAGUACCGUCCGGAUAACGCCAACAAGGCUGCGGCCAACGCCCACCCGGGCCACCCGGGCCACUACGGCCCCGAGCCCACGCUGAUGGGCCACUCGCCGGCGCCAAAGACGCUCAACAGCGGCUACAGCAGUCACGCCUCGGCGCUCACCCCGUUUGGCGGCGCCUCGUCCGCUAUGACGCCUUUUGGCGGCGCCUCCGCCUCCUUCGCGGCGGUGGCCGUGAGCGGUCCCUUCCCGGGUGUUGUCGCAGGUGGCGUCACGUUCUUCGUGGCGCUGUAUGAUUACGAAGCCAGGACGUCAGACGAUUUGUCCUUCACCAAAGGCGACCGCUUCCAAAUCAUCAACAACACCGAAGGUGACUGGUGGGAGGCUCGUUCCAUCAACACGGGACACAAGGGUUACAUCCCCAGCAACUACGUGGCCCCCGCCGACUCCAUACAGGCCGAAGAAUGGUAUUUUGGCAAAAUGGGCCGAAAAGACGCCGAGCGCCUUUUAUUAGUUCCGGGCAACCAGAGAGGCGCUUUCUUGGCACGAGAGAGUGAGACGACCAAAGGCGCCUACUCUCUGUCCAUCCGCGACUGGGACGAAGUCAAGGGAGACAACGUGAAACACUACAAAAUCCGAAAGCUUGACAGCGGCGGCUAUUACAUCACCACUCGGGCUCAGUUCGAGACGCUCCAGAAGCUGGUCAAGCACUACACAGAACACGCCGACGGUUUGUGCUACAGGCUGACGACGGUGUGUCCCACGGUCAAGCCGCAGACUCAGGGACUGGCCAAGGAUGCCUGGGAGAUCCCCCGCGAGUCCCUGCGACUGGAAGUCAAACUGGGCCAGGGCUGCUUCGGAGAGGUCUGGAUGGGCACAUGGAACGGUACCACCAAGGUGGCUAUCAAGACCCUGAAGCCGGGCACCAUGUCCCCGGAGGCCUUCCUGCAGGAGGCCCAGAUCAUGAAGAAGCUGCGACACGACAAGCUGGUGCCCCUCUAUGCCGUGGUGUCCGAAGAGCCCAUCUACAUCGUCACCGAGUUCAUGGGCAAAGGGAGUCUGCUGGACUUCUUGAAGGAGGGAGACGGCAAAUACCUCAAGCUGCCCCAGCUCGUGGACAUGGCCGCGCAGAUUGCGGACGGCAUGGCCUUCAUCGAGCGGAUGAACUACAUCCACAGGGACCUGCGAGCCGCCAACAUCCUGGUCGCUGACAACCUGGUGUGCAAGAUCGCCGACUUCGGCCUGGCCCGGCUCAUCGAGGACAACGAGUACACGGCCAGGCAAGGCGCUAAAUUCCCCAUCAAGUGGACGGCGCCGGAAGCGGCUCUCUACGGCCGCUUUACCAUCAAGUCGGACGUGUGGUCCUUUGGUAUACUGCUGACUGAACUGGUCACCAAAGGCAGAGUGCCCUAUCCGGGGAUGGUGAACCGCGAGGUGCUGGAGCAGGUGGAGCGCGGCUAUCGCAUGCCCUGUCCCCAGGGCUGCCCCGACUCGCUGCACGAAAUGAUGCGCCAUUGCUGGAAGAAGGAGCCCGACGAGAGGCCCACCUUUGAGUACAUCCAGUCCUUCCUGGAGGACUACUUCACCGCCACGGAGCCCCAAUACCAGCCGGGGGACAACCUGUAGACUCGCCAGGUCUCACCUGGGUACAAAACAGACUGGCCGCGACAACUGUGAUCAAUACCGGAGUCGUUAGUCCUCAUUUUACAUUGAUGUCUGUCCUUGCAAGAUGCAAUGACGAUUUGUCGUGUUUUUUUCAACACAAUGACUCUUUCUCACAACUUUUUUCCCUUUUUAAAAAUGUUAUUUUUCAAAAAUAAUUCUUUGAUAUUGGGGAGUCGCCAUGUCUUUUAGAUGUACAGUAGUUUGUUUCGAAUGACUGUAGGCUGGCACGCUUUGUUUAAAUUUUAUUGCGGAUGAUGCAGAUGGGGCUUGAUGCAAGUACAGUAUGUACAGUAUGUGCAGGGGAAAAAAGUCUUUUAGCAAGUGUGAAAAGAUGGAUGAAGGACGGGUUUCUUUUCAAUUGUAGUGCUUCUUUGACACGCUUUCUCGCAGUCGUUUUAAUCAUGCCCAAGUGCAAAAAAAACAUUUCAGUUUUUUAUCUUUAACUGAGAUAUAAUGCCAGCACAAAGAAACAUAUUUUCCAUGUGUUUAUGCUGGGAAUUUCUUUCUCACCUUGAGGUUUAUUUUCUGUUAAAUACUCUAUUUCCUUCUCUUUUUUGAAACAUUCAUUGGGUUAUUUUGAACAUGACCAAAUGCAAAAAAAAAUGUUAGAUGUGCAGGUGAGGAAUACUAAACAAAUUGUUUUGUUUUAAAUAUUCCAUGACCAAGGAGUUUAUUUUUGUUGUAUUUCAGCGAAUAUUGCCAUCAUUGAGGCAUCUGAAUCAUGCUGAAGACAUUCACGUCUUUCAAAUGAUCACUGUCGCAGUCGUUCUUUUGCUGCCUUUCACGUUAGUGAGUUAUUUGAAUCACGUCCCAGUGAAAAAUGAAUGUCUACACGUGUUUUUUUUCUUCAUCUGAGAUGGGCAUUGUCUGUGACCAUGGCGUUUAUUGUUUCAAAAUAUCUGCAUAACAGUGACAGUUUUGCAAUGGGAGAGUUGCACAAUACCAUAUAAGGUCUGAUACGGUACGAAUGUCAUCACUUGUAUGUCUAAGCUAAAAAAAAUGUCCGUGAAUCAGUGACAGUAUAUUUGACAGGCUUUACACACCAGACUUGAGUACUAAAAAAAAUCACUGCUCUGCUUAGUAUGGUUUUGUUCAUUUUCAUGCCACAAAAUAUCGGCGUUAACAAUGUCGAGUUUGUGUUUCGCUUCCCUCAACCUUUCAUUUUCCAAACGUCGGUCCAGAGGUGCACGAUGACAACGGUUCGGACGAAGAUGUGAACUUUUUCAUUGUUUUCAAUUCAAUUUGUUUGUAUGCUCGGCUGCGGAGAACCUAAGAUGUGAUUGUUCUGAAAGCUAGGACUUGAACUAGAGAAGGAGAAAAAUAAUGCUAACUAAUAGAAUUUUUGUACAGAAAAAAAUCAAUAAAAGUUGAAUUAGA